AUGCACUGCCGUUAUAUCGAUGAUUGCUUCAUCAUAACAUCAACGCAAUCCGAAAUGGACGAAUGCUUUAGAAUUCUGAGUGAACGAUCGCAGUACAUAAAACUCACUCGAGACCAACCAAAAGAUGGUUGGCUGCCUUGUUUGAAUGCUCAAACAAAACUACACAAUGGCAUUGCAAGUGUGAAAUGGUAUCGCAAGGAAAGCUCGAAAAACAUACUGAUAAACGCAAAGUCAGCCCACCCUAAUGGCAUGAAAAAGGCAAUUAUCCGAAAUAUGGUCAAAACAGCAACAGCAAUGUGCACAGGGGAUAGAGAACGGGAGGAAUCACUAAAACUAGCCACAAGCAUAGCUAGUUCAAACGGUUACUCGAGAUUGAAAUCUAACACCCAAUCUCGAACUACGAACAACACAGUGAGGAUCCCACGUGAAGGUAGAAUUCCUUUGUGCAUCCCCUUCGUCCCUGACUCCUUAACUGCUGCUAUACACCGGACUCUUUUGCGGGCACAGCUGCAAGAUGAUGUCGUGUUGAUGAACAUCCCAAACAACAGCAUCAAGCGACAGUUAGUUCGCAAUAGAUUCUACGAUAGGCAAUGCGUGUCAGAGUGUUGCGUGGUUUGUCCAUUCGGUAAGGCCGGUGAUUGCGCGAACAUCGGAGUUAUUUACCAAAUAGAAUGCCUAACGUGCAACGCCAUUUAUAUUGGAGAAACUGGAAGGAUGCUGAACGUGCGUAUCAAGGAACAUUUGGCUGGUAAAAGGCGAGGGAGUUCGAUGACACCGUUAGGCAUGAUGGGAAUGAGUUUGAAAUAA